AUGGACAAUCAAUGCAAUCCUCUUCUCAGUUGGGCUUACUACUGCCAAGCAAAGGUAAAAAAAUUCUCUUCUUCAUUGAGCAUGGAGGAGCUGAGGCAAUCUCUUCUACUCACUACCCUGGAGCUGGAUAGUACAAAGCUGAAAGCUCAAGACGAGCUGAAAAUGAGAGAUGAUCAAGUCAACCAACUCAAAGAUAUGCUCAACAGGGCCAUCCAAGAAAGAGAUGAAGUACAAGACAAAUGCCAGAGAUUCCUCAUUGAAAAACUGUUACUCCAACAACAGCUACAACAGUACCAACAAACAGCUCCAAUGUCAGGAAUUUCAAGCAUUGAAGAUGAACCCAGAAGAGGGUUAGACUCCAACAACGGAUUUUCAUCCUCAGAUUGUGAGGAAAGCAUUGUAUCAUCACCAGUUAUUGACCCAGUUCCACCACCAUCACAACCACCAUUAGAUGAAGUACCAGAAAUACCACUGGUGCUAGACAAGCCAUUGCCAGAAAAGGGGAAGCUUUUGCAAGCUGUGAUGAAAGCUGGGCCACUCCUUCAGAACCUCCUCCUGGCUGGACCUCUUCCUCAGUGGCGCCACCCACCACCACCACUUGACACCUAUCAGAUCCCACCACCACCACCAGUGGUCAUUCCAUCACCACCACCAUCUCAUCUCCCUCACCAAGACUCUCUGCUCAACAUUACUGCUUGCAUCGAUUUUGAAAACUGUGGCAGAGUUAAUAGGAAAAGGGGUCUCAAUGAAGAUUCUGAUUCUUCCACAGAGGUAAAGUACCAAAGGGUUGUUCUCCACUGACUACUACUUUUCAUGGUAGUACAAUUAGUUAACAUGAAAUUGCCAUUUAUACCAAGUUUAAUGAGGAUGAUAUUGCAAUCUGGGUAUGAAAUUGAUCUGGCAUUUGUACAGAGGCUUGAUUUUAGAUAGAAGACACCCCAAAUUAACUAGCUAGAGAAAAGAAAGAAGAGAAGGCUUUUUUCUGCAGCAUUUUAGCUUGAAGGGGUUGUCUCUUUUUCCUUCACACAUCAAUUUUUACCUCUAAGAUUUAGAAAAGGGGGUUUGAUUUCUCCAAUAUGAUUGUUGAUGUAACUUGUAAUCUUUGGUGAUACUUUGAUGAUAGUUGUGUGUGUGUGUGUGUGUGU